AUGGCUGAUACUACGACUACCCCCGGUCCGACUUCCGAUAAAGGCCCUGAGGCUGCUCAUACCGUCGAUGAGCCGGUCGGGGAUCUCCGGCUUCCCCGUGGAUGGAUGUACAAGUCGUGGGGGUCAGGGCGCUGGCGCACGCCCUGGUAUGCGUCUCCGAGAUUCCAGCUGGGGAUGGUCGCGUUUGUGUGUUUCAUGUGUCCCGGCAUGUUCAAUGCUCUCGGCGGCUUGGGAGGUGGUGGAAAAGCCGAUGCGAGCUUGGCCGAUCAAAUGAACCUCACUCUGUAUAGUGUGUUCGCCGUGGUUGGUUUCUUCGCUGGCUCCAUCGUCAAUUGGGUCGGUAUCCGACUAUCGCUCUCCUUCGGUGGAAUUGGAUAUUGCAUCUACGCGAUCAGUCUUCUCGUCUCGGUACACAAAUAUGUUCCAGGCUUCAACAUCUUCGCCGGUGCCUUGCUGGGUGCCUGCGCGGGUAUCCUGUGGUCGGCUCAGGGAGUGAUCAUGAUGUCCUACCCACCCGAAAACCAAAAGGGCCGGUAUUUCGCCUGGUUCUGGGGAAUCUUCAACGUUGGCGCCUGUAUGGGUAGUCUGAUCUCUCUUGGCACCAACUUCAACGUCAAAACCGCCGCCACUGUCGCCGACGGAACAUACAUCGCUUUCAUCGUCCUGAUGUUCUUCGGCGCUUGCCUGGCUCUCCUGCUCUGCGACGCGAACAAGGUCAUCCGCAGCGACGGAUCCCGCAUUGUCGUCAUGAAAAACCCAACCUGGAAAUCCGAGUUGUACGGACUCUGGGACACCCUCAAGCACGAACCUUACGUCGUCCUCCUUUUCCCCAUGUUCUGGUCUUCCAACUGGUUCUACACAUAUCAGGGAAAUGCAAUUAACGUCGCCUACUUCAACACCCGCACUCGCGCCUUGAAUUCCUUCCUCUACUGGUUCGCUCAAAUCGUGGCUGCGAGUAUCAUCGGACCUCUCCUUGAUUUAAGCUACUUCCGUCGGACAACCCGUGCCCGCGCCGCUUGGGCCAUUCUCUUCGCCCUGACUAUGGUUAUUUGGGGCGGCGGCUGGGCCUGGCAGAAGCAUUAUACUCGCGAGUCUGUUGACCCCGAGACAACCGGCUUCGUGCACUGGGAUUGGACGCAUGAUGGAUACGUUGGACCCAUGUUCUUGUACUUCUUCUACGGAUUCUAUGACGCUGUCUGGCAGGGUGUUAUCUACUGGUACAUGGGAGCCCUUUCCAACUCAGGCCGCAAGGGCGCCAACUUCGCCGGAUUCUACAAGGGUAUUCAAUCCGCUGGUGCGGCCGUGGUCUGGAGUAUGGACUUCCACAAAGCGUCCUUCGCGGCCGAGUUCGCCAGUAACUGGGGUUUGCUGGGAGGAUCGCUGCUCUUUGCCGCGCCAGUUAUCUGGCUCCGCAUCAAGGAUCACGUCGAUAUCGAGGAUGAUCUGCAGAAUACUGACGAGACGGUCGAGGAUGUACUUCCUGUUGGACACCCAGAGAAGUCUUAA